AUGCCCCAAAACUUUGUAAAGAUGUCACUAGACAUACGCCGCCCCUUCAACCCCCAGGUGGGGAAUUAUAUGUUGUUCAUGAACCCAAUGGUGGCAGACCAAAAUUCCCCCUUGACGAACUCUUCAAGACUAAUUCAUCUAAUAAACCCACCCAACAGGAACAGAGCCAUGAACUUAAUAAUAUGGAACUGUAGGGUGCCAACGGGUAGGACUUUAGGCAUAACUUUAGGUCUUUGGUGGACUGGCACAAGCAUCAUACGGUGGCUUUGUUGGAAACCAAAAUGCAAAACCACUUGCUACUUCUCAAUGACAUCUCCUUCAACUGAGUCAUUGAAGUCCCCGCUGUUGGAAAUUUUGGUGGGCUUGCCGUUCUAUGGGAUGACUCGUUGCUGGACCUUGAUGAAGUUGCUACUACGGAUCAGGAGAUUCAUGAUAUUGUCAUGGGGUCUGCUUCGGAGGCUGGGGGAUCCUCAGGUCAUCCAUGAAGGACGAGGGACAAACAAAGCUGCGGAUAGACUAGCAAAGGAGGGCAGACGGAUUAAAUCGCAACCCUUUUUGAAGAAUGGACAGUUCCCCUGUUGUUUAUCUGUAGAACCAUUCAAGUAGACAAGGAGGGAACUUCUUUUGAUGUAUCUAAUAGGCCUGUAGCCACGGAUAGUAGUAGCUCUAGUACUUGUAAUGCCGAACUAACUCCUUUUAUGUACUCCACAGCUUUGCUAUGAUGCAUAUCUAAUAAAUCAAAGUAUCUCUUUUUAACCCAAAAAAGAAAAAAAAACA